UUUUUUUGGCCGGGUUCACCCCUCGAGAAGUCACGUGAUACACAUGAUGUCGUCCACGUAGCUAAGCAGACGAGGUACAGGCGUCGUCUUCAGGUGACGUUGCCUGGGUCCUAGUGGACAAAGAGAAGGAAGAUGUUGGAAAGAGCGGGCCUGACUUGUACGUCCAGCUUCCUCGAGAGGGUAGCAGGGGAACAGAGCAACGCGCGACGGUCCUUAAAAAAAAUUUUUUUAAGGGAAAUAAAAAAUGAGGGUGGUGUCGAGUCCUAUUCUCCACUUAUUGCUUUGUUGGAUAAUCAGCCAUUUCAGUCGCCUAAAAUCUCUAAGGCUCCCUCAAUGGAAGCAAACAUUGUCAUAGGAGACGUGAGCUGAUCUGUCAUUGCGACGUUAUAGAGCAGCAGGUUGAAAA